AUGCUCGCCUCAGCUGCAAAAAUAGCGAAGAAGAAGAAGAAGAAGAAGAAGAAGAAGAAGAAGAAGAAGAAGAAAGAAGAAGAAGAAGAAGAAGAAGAAGAAGAAGAAGAAGAAGAAGAAGAAGAAGAAGAAGAAGAAGAAGAAGAAGAAGAAGAAGAAGAAAAGAAGAAGAAGAAAAGAAGAAGAAGAAGAAGAAGAAGUAGCGAACUGCGAUCUGCUUCGUGCGGUUUACGAACCAGGCUUGUUCGCGAUCUUGAUCGCGCUCUGAUUGUCGCAGAGUAA